UUCUUUUUCUCUUUCUUUGCGCACGGUUCAGUGGUAGGAAAACUAGGAGGAAUCGUUCAGUAAAGUCCCGAGAUCCGUUCGCUAUUCCCCGACUCGAAUAAAAUCCAUAUACACAUAUAUAUCAAAUAAACAAAGGAAAGGAGUCCUCAGAAAGAGAAUAACGUGUUAAAAGUAGCAAAAACCAAUUAAAAAAAAGAAGUGUGCAAUAAGUAAAGAAAGCAGAGACCCAAGGAAAGUUGAAAGUUCAAAACCAGAAUCUCGUCGAGAACAAAACAAAAAGUCCCCAAAAACACAAACACACACACACACACGCACGCAACAAAAUGAGUGUCUGUGAGAGCAAAGCCGUUGUGCAACAGCAACUGCAGCAGCACUUGCAGCAACAGGCAGCCGCAGCAGUUGUUGCGGUCGCGCAACAGCAGCAGGCUCAGGCCCAAGCUCAAGCCCAAGCCCAAGCCCAGGCGCAGCAGCAAGCGCAGCAGCAGCAGGCGCCGCAGGUGGUGGUCCCCAUGACCCCGCAGCACUUGACCCCGCAGCAGCAGCAGCAGAGCACACAGAGCAUCGCCGACUAUCUGGCCCAGUUGCUCAAGGACCGCAAGCAGCUGGCCGCCUUCCCCAACGUCUUCACCCACGUCGAACGCCUGCUGGACGAAGAAAUUGCACGCGUGCGCGCCUCACUGUUCCAGAUCAAUGGGGUCAAGAAGGAGCCCCUCACCCUGCCCGAACCCGAGGGCUCUGUGGUGACGAUGAACGAGAAGGUUUAUGUGCCAGUGCGCGAGCAUCCAGAUUUCAACUUUGUCGGUCGCAUUUUGGGACCCCGUGGCAUGACCGCCAAGCAAUUGGAGCAGGAGACCGGCUGCAAGAUCAUGGUCCGAGGCAAGGGCUCCAUGCGCGACAAGAAGAAGGAGGACGCCAACCGUGGCAAGCCCAACUGGGAGCAUCUGUCCGAUGACCUGCAUGUCCUGAUAACCGUCGAGGACACCGAGAACCGUGCCACAGUAAAGUUGGCCCAGGCCGUAGCCGAAGUACAGAAGUUGCUCGUGCCGCAAGCCGAAGGCGAAGAUGAGCUAAAGAAACGUCAACUCAUGGAAUUGGCGAUUAUUAAUGGCACUUAUAGGGACACAACAGCGAAAUCUGUCGCAGCUUUCUCAUGCGUUGGCUCUGCUUCUUAUCUGUAUCCCGCAGUGUGCGAUGAGGAGUGGCGCCGCCUGGUGGCCGCCUCCGAUAGCCGCCUGCUGACGUCCACCGGCCUGCCCGGCCUUGCCGCCCAGAUCCGUGCACCCGCCGCCGCCCCGCUGGGCGCCCCAUUGAUACUGAAUCCCCGGAUGACCGUCCCCACAACGGCGGCCAGCAUAUUGUCCGCCCAGGCAGCUCCGACAGCCGCCUUCGACCAGACCGGCCAUGGAAUGAUCUUCGCACCGUACGAUUAUGCGAACUACGCCGCCCUAGCCGGCAAUCCUCUGCUCACGGAAUAUGCUGAUCAUAGCGUUGGUCGAUAUAUGCAUGCCGGCUCCGUCUUUUGAACUUCUUUUUCUCACUCUCUAUUAUUUUUCCCUUGAACAAAAGCAACAAAAACAGAGAACGAUUUGUAGAGGAAAACCCCACAUAAAAUGUUUAGCUUAAAGUUAUGAAGUUACAGUCACACACAAACUGAAACAGAAUUAUACACACGCACAUAAAUGUAUAGACUGUAUAUAUUUUAAAAAUUAUAUAUUUACCUAGAGACAAAAACCAUAAGAGUAAAACGGCACAUCAAACAGGAAAACAGAAAUACUCAAGAAAAUACAAGCAAAGAAUUAAACUACAACAAAAAUUAUUGCUCGACAAUGAAUUUGCUUUUUUAUGUUGUUUAUUAGAUUUUAGGCCGCAAUGCAACACACAUUUCUGCAAUAUGCAAUAUUGGCAAAAAUAAGUGAUUUUUAGGCCCUUAAAUUGUAGUUGCUUUAAUCUUAACUAUAAAACUAUAACCUACAUAUAUGAUUUUCCACCCGAAACAUUUUUAUAUGAGUAUAUUCUAGUUGAGAACAACAACAACAGCGGCAUCCAAAGCAAGUUGUUGAUUUUCGUUUUUUGGAACCCAUGAGUAUUCAAAUUAAAGAGGGCUAAACUUUAUCAUUUUCUCUUCUGAUUAAUAACCCUAUUUUAGUUUUUUUUUUUUAAUUGUGGUAUGAGGGUCGAGUCGUAAGUGCAAUCUAGUUAAGUGUCUGUUUUUUAUGUAGUUUAUGUAGUGAGUGUUGCGAUGGGGGGACAGUAUUUAUGCACAAAUGUACCUAACGAAGAGCGAAAAGGAAACCGUUUCAAUUUUUCCAGCCAGUGCCAUUUCUCGUCAAAACCGUAUACUUUGAACAGAAUUGCAGAAAAGCUUUUUUUUUAUAUAUAUACACAUAUAUUUAAAUAUAUAACUCUUAGUGGAAAGGAGCCUUGAAUCAAGUUGGUGCUUAAAUAAUAAUAACUUCAGUUAGUUCUAAGUUUAGUCGAGGCUCAAAGGCAGCCGUCCAAGAACAUAAACCAGAAACCAGAAACCAUUAUCCAGAAUCAAUUGAAUGCACGACUAGUCAGCAAGCUGGAGGAACAAAAUGCAAUAUAUGAUUCGGGAGAAUAAUCAUUUCUAGAACAUUUAGCAAUAAACUCGAGACGAAUUACCUAGGCUUAGCGGCUUGAAAAUCACUUAUUUUGCAGCCAAAUCAAAUCAAAUCAAAAAAAAAAAAAAAGAAAAUACAAAAAAAAUUUAAAUCAGAACAGAUCAAAUAUCGAAUACACAAGCGCAUAUAUAAACGACUCAUUCCAAAGAAGCAGAGAAUUUAAAUGUUACAAAGUUAAAAAAGAAUACAGAUUACGAAAAACAGGUCGAUAAUUCCCCCUCAGUUGGCAAUUGGCUUCCAGCAAAGGCAGCACAGCUUCAGUUUUGAGCAAGCAAAUGGUAGAUGUAAGGACGAUGUAUGCAAUAUGCAAUAUCUAUUAGACCUAAGUUGUACCCUGUAGCGAUGAUGUUCACAUCUAUAUUUAUACAUAUGCAAUCUAUAUGCAAACCUAUAUGCAAACCCAUAUCUACAUGUAUCGUAUCGUAUAUUUUAGUAGGCGCCAUUAAGCAGCAGCGUCGUUUGGCGACUAACCGCGAGCAUCCCUAUCAGCGAGCAACGGUCGGAGUGCCAGCCAAGCCGGCGGGUUUCAUCGAGAUACAGUAAAUACUAAAUACAAUGCAGAGUGAAUCUCGAGAUAAGCGUAGCUUUGCACUAUAACUCAGAAUGUAACACUUUAAAAUCACAACAUCAUAUCGGCGAAAGCAACUUUAGAAACUUUUAAUCAAUAAUGUACGAAAAAGAACAGAAACCCUUUUAUGAACAACGGAAAUCGAACGAUUGUGUUUGCCUGACCCCACAUUUGAUUGCGUUCAUCAGGCGACCGAGCGAUCACUUUAGUUCAAUUAUUUUAAAAUUUUUUGCUAUUUAUUUUGAUACAAAUGCUGCUCAUAACUGAACAUCCGCACCUCCCCCGCAAAUCCACACUGUAUAUCCGAUGAAACCUGGCCGGAAACGUUGGCCUGGCCUGGCCGCUCUGCCCUGAUAAUGGGUUCUGAAAAAGAAUUUUCAAGCGCACCGCCUCCACAGGUUAGUUGUGUUUCUACUCCUUUAUUUAUUUUAUCAAACUAUUAUUUUCUUUAUGUGUUAUCUUAUACUCGGAAUAAAAUGCAAAUGAGCGCCAGAACGCUUUGCAUUUUAUUUCGAUUGCGAGUUUUGAAACAACAAACAAAACAAAAUUUUGAUAAAAAACAAAAGUACAGACACAUGCAAAAUCUAUCAGUACAUUUUUAAGCUGAAGAUAAAGAGUUUAUUAUCAUUUGAUAUGAGUAUAAUUAUACACAAAUUUGUAUAUUAGUUUUCCUUUGUUUUCACGUUGACUUGUGCCUUUGAUGUUUUACAUACAAACAAGAGAUAAAAGAAAAAGUUAGAAAAAAAAACAAACAAAAAAAUGAACAGUUUAGUAGAUUUUAUUUGUAUUACUGUUGGAUAAGCCAUAUACCCUAUUUUAAAAACGCUCUUUACGAGAUAUGAAUUUUACAUGUGUAUCUUAGGCCUAAGUCCCCUGUUUAGUCGUUUAAGAAUAUAUGAUUAUUUUGUAUUACGCGUUCGAAUGUAAAUGUUGCAAUUGAACCGAAAGUGUACCACAAAGAAAUAAAGAUCAAUGAUUUUUGUUGAAGUAAAAACAGAAACCUUCAAAAAAAAAAAAAAAAA